AUGGCACCCAUGGAUGAUGUUCUGCACCUGUUAGUCAUCCUGUCCUUGUUGGAGACAGGCAAUGCCAAAGUGGGAGACUUCAAAGCACCAGGAGAUAUCAUCAUUGGAGGGCUGUUUUUCAUCCAUGAGGGAGCAUUGGCUAUGAUCCACGCUGUAGAGUCGGCCAACAGAUCCCCUGUCCUGACUGCACUAGGGAUCUCUCUGGGGUACCGUAUCCACGACUCCUGCUCUGAUGUCACCACCGCUCUGAGGGCCUCAGCUGACUUCACACAGCCAACCACGGACUGUGGGGGAGGGGCCAACACCUCCACCUGUCCCCCACCCAUCAUGGCCGUCAUUGGGGCCUCUUCCUCUGAGAUUUCCAUCGCUGUUGCCCGGCAACUCAACCUGGAGCUCAUUCCUCAGGCAAGCAACAUGGACCAGUGUCUCUCUUGUGAUACAAAGACAGAGUGGUCCCUGGAAGGGAGCUCUGGGUGUACCCAUAAGACCCUGGAGUUCUUCGCCUGGCAGGAUGGCUUUGCGGUGGUGCUGCUGGCGCUGGCGGCCCUGGGCAUCGUCCUGGAUCUCCUGGUGGGGGCGCUCUUCCUACACCACCACCAGACCCCCGUUGUGAAGGCUGCCGGGGGGCCUCUCUCCCAGAUCAUCCUGCUCUCUCUAGUGGGACGUUUUGUUAGUGCUGUGUUCUUUGUAGGUCAUCCCAGCAGCCUACAGUGUAAGGUAUGUACGUGCUUUUUUGUGAAUUCAUGGUUUAUUGUGUGUGUAUUGUUGUUCAGGUCCCUGAAGAUCCUGCUGGCCUACCAGCUCAACCCUGACCUGAAGGAUGUUCUCCGCCGCCUCUACCAACCCUAUGCCAUCAUCUGUCUCUGCGUCAUCCUACAGGUCCUCACCUGCACCCUGUGGCUGGUCCUGCAGAGCCCCCGGGAGAAGGCCACCGUCUUCGCCACCACCGUGCUGGUCGAGUGUGACAAGGGACCCUACGUGGCGUUUGGUGUAAUGUUGGGCUACAUCGCUGUCCUGGCUCUUGUCUGUUUGCGCGCGUUUAAAGACCGCAAGCUGCCACAGAAGUACAACGAGGCCAGGUUCAUCACCUUCAGCAUGCUCCUCUACCUCAUGUCCUGGCUGAUAUUCGUGCCUGUCUAUGUGACCACCUCUGGGAAGUACCUGCCAGCAGUGGAGAUGGUGGUCAUCCUCAUCUCCAACUAUGGCAUCCUCAGCUGUCAUUUCUUCCCCAAGUGCUACGUCAUCCUCUUCAAGAAGGAGCACAACACCAAGAGUGCCUUCAUGAAGAAUGUGUGUUAG